AUGGCAGCUUCAAGUAGGGGCGCUCUCGCCAUUCGUGGCCUUCUGCGGACAUCGUCCCCAAGACUGUGCCGACAAUGCGCCACGACAGGUCUCCAGAUCCGAGCCCCGAACCCUUGGCGAGCCUACUCAGGCGCCGCCGGGCGCCGCCCUCGACGGCAACAACGCCCCAUCGACCUCCCCCCGACGACGACACGGACCCCCUCUGAGCCAGCGAACACCCCAGCAGCAGCAUGGAAGUCCCACUACCGCAUCCAGGCCCGGAUCAUCCUGACGCGGGCGCCGCUGCUGACGGCCGAGGAGACGGCGUUCGAGUCGGCCUUUUACUUCUACCAGAAACGCCUCAACGAGCGGCUCAGCAUGCCCUUUGUCACGUCCGUCUACUUCAAGCCCGACACGCCGGCCCUCAUCGACUGGAACCUCAAGGUCCGCGACCGCGAAGGGCACCGUCGCCAAGGAGCUCGGCGUCUACCACGGCAAGUCGGCGCGCGCCUGGGACGACGAGCUCGCCGCCGGCGACCCGCUGAGCUCCCGCGCCGCCGUCUACGACGCCCUGCUCCGCGACGCCACGAUGCGCGUCAGCGACGACGCCGAGAUCAUCCCCGUCGAGGAGCGCGUCGGCGCCUGAGGCGCCCCAGAGCCGCGUCAACCAAGGCGAACCGCACCGGCAACGUCGGGGGGCCUCGACCGCCCCCCUCGACAGGACGCUGUACCUUCGUCCGUCAGGGGCAAGGAAGGGCCACGGCCAAGAGGGUCAUGGACAAGACGGCCGGCCUCGACAUGAACACGUGGAUGGUGGGCCGCGUGCCCGUCGCGCACCACGUCGUCCGCCCGGCGCUCGGCGAGGACGGCUCGCUGCAGAAGCGCGGCGAGAAGACCUUCUUCCUCAAGGCCCGUAUCAUGGCCGGCCAGGCCAACCUCGAGGGCAACCCCUUUGGCUACACCGAGUUCAAGUGGCUGACGGCCGAGGAGCUGAAGGCCAGCGUCGACGAGAAGUACUACCACAGCGUGCGGAACAUGCUGGCUGACAGGUAG